UAGCGAUUAAAUACCAAAAAAAAAAAAAAUUAAAAACUUGUUUGAUAAGUAUGUAAGCGCUUUGGCUUACUGACAGGUAAAGAAAUCUGUUGUUUUUUUUAAUUUAACAUUUGAUGGAAAGUACCUCAACACCGUUAGAUAUAUUGGUAAAAGAUAUAGCAGGAGAAUGUCUUUCGCCAAAUAGAAGAAAACUACAGUUAAGGUAACAUAACCGUCGCAAAUACGGGAUAAAAGAACCUGGGUCUUAAAACGCGCAAUCUCUGAGUUCUCAAAAUGGAUACAACCAGCAAUGGAACCCGCAAAUCCUUUGAAGAAAAUGACACGGCAGCAGCUUACCAAGGGAAUGGCGGUAAUAGGCAGUUGCGGGGCUUAUCGUUUUCCUUUGUUCGGGGGUCUGAUCCGAGAGCUGCAACAUGUCGAGGCAAGCUGCAAAGUCGUCGCUGCAAACUAAACCAAGAGAUCAACAAGGAACUUCGCUUACGCGCUGGAGCCGAGAAUUUAUUCAAGGUGACAACUAACCGCAAACUACGCGAUACAGUAGCCUUGGAACUGAGCUUCGUCAAUUCAAAUUUGCAACUUCUAAAGGAGCAACUAGCAGAGUUGAAUUCAUCAGUGGAAAUUUAUCAAAACGAGAAUCAUGAUGGCGUUGUUCCAAUGAUACCAUUGGGUCUUAAGGAAACAAAAGAAAUUAAUUUCAUGGAACCUUUCUCGGACUUCAUUUUGGAGCACUAUAGUGAAGAAUCCUCAAUUUAUAUGGAUGCAAUUGCAGAUAUGACAGACACCAGACAGGCGUCCAAGACUCCAUCACGCGAUUCUCUUGGCGUAGCAUUGCUUUUUCGAUACUACAACUUGCUUUAUUACGUGGAACGUCGCUUUUUUCCGCCUGACCGCAACCUAGGCGUCUACUUUGAGUGGUAUGAUUCAUUAACGGGUGUUCCCUCGUGCCAGCGAACCAUUGCAUUUGAGAAGGCGUGCAUUUUAUUUAACUUGGGCGCCAUAUACACACAGAUCGGUGCUCGACACGAUCGUAGUACGGAACGGGGCUUGGACUCCGCUGUUGAUAGUUUCUUGCGUGCUGCGGGCAUAUUCCGUCAUAUCUACGAUACGUUUACAAAUGCGCCAUCUAUGGAUCUAAAACCCCACGUACUAGAUGUUUUGGUAUCUCUAAUGCUGUCUCAGGCUCGUGAGUGUCUAUUUGAAAAGCUGAAGCUACAGAUUGAGCCGUCGGGGCUGACUGUUUCCAGUCAUGUAAUUAACAGUGCUGCGCCACAAUCUAAUGAAUUGCCUCAGCUUUUCCGUGAUUUGGGCGGUGAAGCUGCACAGCUUUCGCUCGAGUACAAUGAGAUGCACAAGAACAUCCAAGUGAAUGACACACAUACCUACCUUCCAGAAUGCUGGGCUGGGCUGGUACCGCUUAAGGCGGAGCUUUACAGAGCUUUGGCCCACCAUUACGAGGCUCGCAGCAUAGAUGUGAGGGUGCCCAUCAAAAAAGCUCCGCUUGCAUCAUCAAAGGAUUCGUUUGUUGGAAACCCCCGAGAGGAAUUGCGUGUGACGCAAUGCAGCGAUGAGUCCGAGGAAGAAAGUGUCAGUUUCAUUGCGAUAAAGCAUACUCACUUACGAGAAGCUCUGGCUAGUUACGAAGAGGUUCAGCGUCUGCAGCGCAUGUGCCGCUUUCUGAAGAAUAAAACAUCACUCACGCACUUCAUCAAGGAAGCAAAUUACCAAGCCCAGGAGGAGUAUGAAAACUUCAGAAUUCAAGCGUUGGCCAAUAAGGUUGACGAGAGCUACGAUCUUGUAGAGCGCGUUGUGGAAGCCUCGUCGAAGUUUACAUUGACCUUAACGGGACCCGAUUUCACGUCGCACAAAGUGGAAGAUCCUUUCAAACGCCUUGGGCCGAUUGCAAUAUUCUCUGCACGGCGUCACUGGACUGCGCCACGCUGUGUUCGUCUACAAAAAGGAUCCCCAAAAUAUCAUGACUCUAGCGUCUGCCACUGUGACACUGUCACGACCCCUGUGGUUCAUGACAAGGAAUGUCGUCGCCAAUAUAAAGAAGAAAUAGAGAACUUUGGGUUUCAUGUGCGCGGCGAUGCGCCGGUCAUUAUAGCUCACGUGGAGAUCAAUUCGCUGGCUGAUCUUGGCGGCAUAAAGGAGGGAGAUUUCAUUGUCGAAAUCGAGGGCAUGGAUGUCAAGUGGUUUUCACAUCAACAGGUUGUUCAUCUUAUACAAUCAUGUGGUUCCGUCCUUGAGCUCAAAGUAAUAACUCCAAUGGAUCGCAAUUAUUUGAAGACUAAUCCACAGCCCUUGUCGUCGAAGGGUUCUAUAUCAACGUUGUCAGCGGCUAGCUCAUCGGGAUUUUCAUCAGGAUCCUCAAGUCCCACACACACUACAACACAGCCCGAGGCUCGCAUGAAGACCUCGACUAAGGCAGGUUUCGUGGGCAGCGUUUCAUCCAGCUUAUGGAAUCCCUUCCGACGAUCGCCGAGCAUAGCCAAAAUCUUUUGAGAUUUAGAAGCGAUUAAUUUAAAAAUUUAAUUAAUUUAAUUAGGUGUAUACUCACUUCCGAAGCAGCUGCCAUUAUAAAAUAGAACGAACGAUGAGAUAUAAUUUGACUAAGAAGGAGACUUAUCUCUGACAAAUCGGUUUU